CGGAAACGGAGUUUGAAUAGAACUGACCUCAGCAAACACACCCCCUUCCUUCCUUUUCGUUUUUAUCUUCUUACACUAUUAAAUUAGAUUGAAUGGUUAUGCGGCAUGCUCGCAUUCUAAACCUAUUCAUAUCCAGUAUCUCGCCCGUAUCACUUCCUAUUCAAAAAAGCCUAACAACAUGUGUUGGGUGUGGUCGAUUUCAGUUACAACCUAAGUUUCCUUAUACCACCAUCACGCCUGUCAAAAAACACUUUUCCCCUCAUCCCAAAAUACGGCCAGCAGAACCUUCUGUGGCUAUCACUAAACUCGUUAAACAAGAUCGAACAAGUGAGGCCUUGGCAGCCUAUCUCGAUGUAGUUUCAAAAGGUGGCAUGCCAAGUCGAGAAUCAUUGUAUCAACUCACACGAUCACUCUACAAGUCAUCGCAUCUCCAUGGUCUGUAUGCUAUUCAUGAUACCCUCUUAUCUCGUCUACACCAUCAGAAACCAUCCAAACGAUCCAACAGAAGCAAGCGUACUUUACUCUAUCUAAAUACCAUGCUCAUCAACCUCAUGGGUAGUUACACUCGCCCUGUUGAUAUGGUGCGUAUUAAAGCACUUUGUAAAGAACUCAAUCAAUUUCAAUGCAGCAAUCAAUCGCCUAUUGUGCUCUAUAACACACUGAUCAAAAUCAUGCUUCAACAGCAACAGACAGCAAGUGCCCAUGCUUUGUUAGACGAUUUAUAUGCUCGUCAUUUACAGCCUACGAUGCAGACCUAUGGUAUAUUGAUGAAAGAUGCGGCCAUGCGUAAAGACAAAUCAAGGCUAUUGUCCUACCUGGAUCAAAUAGACAAAAACCCUGAUUUGGGGAUUGAUUAUGCCACUGUGAGUAUUGUAGUGGGUGCAUUAUGCAGAUGUCGUGCAUUUGAUAGAGCAGUCCAUGUUGUGAAGGCACUGCAUCUACCAAGAACCAAAGAUGAAAUCAGUAGUCCGAAAUACACUCAGCAUUUACUUGAAUGGAUUGAAAAAAGGAAGCAAUACAGCCAAAAGAAGAAUAGAAAAAAGAAGAAAAAGGAUAUAAAAAGAAAAUAGCAGUUUGAUUCUGAAUGAUUUGAUACUAUCAAUAAAGACAUACCUAUGAAACAUGCUAUACUUGACAUCUUUCUAGUGGCUUUGACAAUUGCCAAUCAAAAAGAUGAGAUGGAACACCAAACCGAAAAGGCCUUCCAAAAGCAAGCUGGUAUCUUCC